AUGUUAGAAUUUACAGAAGCUUUGCUUGAAGUGUCAGAAAAUGAUCUUGAUCCUAAAAUAAAAAAUGAAGCUAAAUCCUUAGCAACAAAUGAGCUUGGUGAUUUUGAGUUUUUGAUGGCUAUAAUUAUUUGGUUUGAAAUAUUAUCUGCAAUUAAUUCUGUUAGCAAGCUUUUACAGGAAAAGGAUAUGCUUAUUGAUGUUGCUAUGCAAAAAAUUAAGGGGUUGAUUUCGUAUUUUGAGGGAUAUAGAGAAACAUGUUUUUAUAAGGUAUUGAUUAACACUAAGGAAAUUGUGGUGGAACUGAAUAUUGCCCCAAUAUUUCCUCAAAGACAUAUAAUUAAAAUAAAAAGGAAAUUUGAUGAGAAUUUGAAUAUCCCAUCAGUCGAGCUAUCAGAAGAAGAACCAUUCAAGGUUAAUUAUUUUCUUUACCUUGUUGAUCAAGCUGUUGUUUCUCUUAAUAAGAGGUUUGAGCAAUACCAAGAGUAUGAAAAGUUCAAGUUACUAAGAGAAAUGUUGCCUGAAGAAACCAUAAGACCUACUGAUAUAUUAUUAUUUUUAAAAGGCUUGGAUUAUUUUCCUAAUACAGUUAUUGCAUAUAGAAUCUUAUUGACUAUUCCUGUGACAGUUGCUUUUGCAGAAAAAAGCUUUUCAAAAUUGAAGUUGUUAAAGACUUACUUGCGGUCUACCAUGUCACAAGAAAGGCUUAAUGGAUUGGCAUUAAUAGCUAUUGAAAAUGAUAUUUUGGAGACAAUAAAAUAUGAAGACUUAGUUGACGAUUUUGCUUCAAAAAGUGUUCAUAGGAAGACUCUUUUUAUGUAG